UAAACAAUUGCCUUUGCUAUUUAUUUGAGAUAUCAGAAAACGACUAGCCGUUACUGACUCUACUGGUUUCGACGACGAUGAUGCUGAAGCCGAGGCUCGGAGCUUGUCUAUCUUCACUUUUAUUCACUGGCGAACACGGCGUCGUUUCAGUCUCUUCAAAGCUCAGGGCUGUAUGUUGCAUACAAAGACUGGCCAAUUUCCAAUUUGAAGGCAUGCAGAGCCUUAGGCGGUCCUUCUAUAGUUCCUCGGGUGAAGAUGAUGACUUUGCAGAAUUAGGCUCACCAGUGGUACGAAGUCUAGGUACACUUAAGAAAUUGAAGACAGAAAAGCCAGAACCUUUUAGGAAAAAUGAGCACGCAAGAAGAUCUUCAUCUGGCAAGUCUUUGCGUUCAGAAGCCAGCCCCAGCUUGAAGGAUAACUCUACAAAACUUGUAAACUCUUCUCUAGCUCUUCGUCUCAAGCUAGACAACCUUGACAAUGUUUCUAGUAAUCCUAACAAUGUAAAUGCUUCUAACUUCAAUAGUUCAAGCUCUAUUUCUGUUGAGAAAAUACCUUCCUCAGUCAACCUUUCCCAGUUGAAAGAGGCACUUUCAACUUUUGGGAAGAUCUCUAAGGCUUCCAUGAGAAGUAAACCAAAAAAACGUGGUUGCUGCUACAUCCAAUUUGAGAGUGCGGAAUCUUGCGAGAGAGCAAUAUCUGCUGGUGUAAUUGCAAUUAAUAGCUACAUUCUACCUAUUCAUCCUCUGCUUGUUGAAGACAAUGUCACCUUUAGCAUUAGCAACAUCAGCUCAGAGACUGCUGAUUCAACAAUACAUUCUAUAUGCAUGUCAUACGGUCCUUUGGAAGGGCUUGUAAGGACAAAAAAGGGUGUGGUGGAUGCCUUGUUUGGUGUGAAAAACAAUUCAGACUUACAGAGCAUACUUGAAAAGAAUAAACGACUGCCAUCAUUCUUUUCCCCUCACUUGAGCAUGUCUUUGGUUGUCAGAUUGAACCAUACAAUAAUGGAUGACUGCAACUGGACAGCUUGUUUAAAUCCUAGAGACUCUGCGACUGAAGUGAUGUCCAAUAACAAUGAUAAUCAGUUCGAUUUGGGGAUGCAAAUCAGCAAUCAUUUAGCUGACUUGAAAAAGGAAAUGUCAAUUAUGAAGGUUCACUUAUCAAACAAAACUAUGAAGGUUCAUGCAGAUGACUUGCAGAAUCUGCAUCAUGUCAUAUUGCACCUUGAAGCUCCCCUUGCUGCAGAGAGAGAAGUUCCCGAUAUUGAUUGAGUUAUACAUAUUAACAUUAGGUAUUUUCUGCUUUACAAAAGGCUUUAAUGAAAAUUUAGAAGAUUAUUAUGAAGAGUUGAAUGCUAAUUUUGGCUGUAAGUCUUUGAUGUCUGAUUUCGAUAAUCAUGGACUCUCAUACUUGUAUUUGUACUCUCUGCCGAACUCAUAUUGCUUCAAAUCAUACUAUGAUUUUUAUUUCAAAUGUAUA